AAAGGCCAUACAUGAGAAAUACAAUCCAUUCCAUAACACGGAUAAAUUGAAAGAAAAAAAUUGAAAAAAAAAAAGAGGCAGGAAAUCGCCGCAACUCUUUCCUUCAUACUCGAAGAAUCACCGACUUAUCGCUGUAUAAAUACGAAAUAAGACGAAAGUUGGAGACUUUCCGAUUGUACUUUGUUGCAGCUGCUCAUCCAAGCUCUGUCCAUAAAGCACCCGCCGGUUUUGGUUAAUUAUGAGGUCUUCAGUUAAACGUCCACCAACUCCAGAUGCAGAAGAAGAGGAGCAAGAUCGAGAACCUACUCUUCAAGAAAUUAUUAAUAUCAAGCUAGUAGAGAGUGGAGAAAAAGAAAGAUUGAAGGAGCUUUUGAGGGAAAGGCUUGUAGAAUGUGGUUGGAAGGAUGAAAUGAAAACUCUUUGCAGGGCUUUUGCAAGGAAGAGAGGAAGGAAUAAUGUAACUGUGGAUGAUCUUGUUCACGUCAUAACCCCAAAGGGAAGAGGCAACUACUGUGUCCUUUGUUUAAGGAACCUCCACUGGACUGUGCUUGGGCAUGAGAUAUUUAAAGGACCCAAUUUGACCCUGGCAGUAGUACAAAUAUCUAAUCCAUCUGCUGCAACUCUCUAGGUCAAAGAUUAAAAGUGAGACUGGUGGGAUGAUGGUAAUUAUUGUUGUGGUUAUUGUCCUCCUUCAGUGCUGAUAAGGAUGGGGAUGCUAUGAGAGUUGCAAUGUUGUGCAUUGCGUGGGAUAGAGAGAAGGAGGAUGAGGAUAGAAUGGUUCCUGCUAGCUCCCUAAAACUACUGUAAUAAUCAGCAGGGCACGUGUCUGCAUGAAUGCAAUGUUCUCAAUUUUAUGAAGAACUAAAUGCGAGAUCUACAUUUUAACUCUUUCUUCCAAUGUAAUGAUUUUUCUUUUUUGUCUUUUUUAA